AUGACAACCACCAUUCUCGGUACAAUCUCUCCAUUUUGUGUAGUAAACGUUUCGGUGCGAUGUCCAAAGGCAAUGGAUUCAUCCAAAAAGCGUAAAGCAGCAGAGAGGAACAGAACUGUCUACAAGGCAACGAGCAAGCGUGGAACUAUAACUGGUCAUUACUUUAACCCCCUCUUGAGUACAACGAACGUGCUAAACAGACACAAAAUGUUCAAAGACAAUCAUAUUGUGAUGGAUAAUUUCCCUACCAACCAACACGAAGAUAUCUGUAAGCAUAUAGAAAACUGUGGGUAUCGAUGUAUAUACCUCCCGCCCUACUCACUGGAACUGAAUCCGAUUGAGCAAUAUUGGUCCAUUCGUAAAAACAAGCUCAGGAGAGAGCAGCUUUUGGAAGAAGAGAUCUUGACGAUCAGGAUCCGAAUGGGUUGCAAUCAAACUCUUAUUGGUGAUCUUCGAGGAUUUUUCAAAUAUUCUAUCGCUAGGUUCGAUGAUUGCUUGAAUAGAAGGCCAAUUUAA